ACCAGAAAUGAAUAAAGUUGAGCAUGAUGAUUUUAAAUCGGUGGAUUAUCAGAAACAUAAUGAUGAUUUGGAAGAAAAGGUUCCAGAUGUAGUGAAUAGUAUUCAGAAGAAUAGCAAUGAAUCAGAUGAUUCAGAAGAAGAAGAUUUACCUUCGUAUAUUAUAGAGAAAGAAGGAUAUGCUUCUACUAAAGUAUCUUAUCAAAGACGAGCUUUGUUCAGAAAAAGUGUUUCAUUGCAGUUCAGGCAAAUGGGAACAAACUUAUGCCAAUUGGUCACUCCGAUAGUAUCUCUUUUGCUGAUAAUUCUCUUAAAAAAUAUUGCUGAUGACAAUAUAUCAGAGUAUGUUAGUGCUCCAAUUUAUGAUGAUAUACCGUAUGUUUUGAAUUUUCCUAUUGCUCCAAUUGGAGAAAUGGGACUGGGAUUGACCCUUACUUCUUGUGAGCAAUGGUACAUGUAUGGAUUUGAUGAUGAUAUCGACCAAGAAAGUAGAGACUUUUUCGGACAUAACGAAGGGCUUCCUAUAUAUUCUCCUAUAUCAGAUGGGAUGCUUGAUGGAGGUAAGAACAUUCUUCAGACUGCUUGUCCAAGCUCAGAAAGAGCAACUCCAUACUUUAAGGAGAGAAAUGCAAGUGAAACAAUAAAUCAGUAUUUAUUCAGAACAUUGGAGCACCUAAAUGAACAAAACAUUGACUUCAAAGAGAGGGAUAGUGUUGUUCCCGAUUUAGACUUACUUCCUGAUGGAGCGUUUAAUAUUUCAGAAGUCAAUGAAAAGAGACUGAGAUAUAAUGUGCAGGUAGAUGAUCUGAGGUAUAUUCAAUAUCAUCGAAACAAUGGAAUCACCAAACUCGGUAUCUGGAAUGAUUUUGCAAACAGGAUAAGCUAUUUCAUAAGAACUAUUGAAGGACAAAUUUCAGCUGCUGAUUUAAUUAACAAAGCAUAUAUUUCAAAGUUGUUUCCUAAAACCACUGUUUAUACAGGAAUCCAAAUGAUGCCUUCAUCUCCAUCUUUUACUCAGGAGAUCAUGAAAAUGAUUCAUCUUCUUGGAGGUGGUCUAUUUCCCCUAUCUCUGUGCUUGUUGCUUCCUGUUUUCAUAUAUAACAUUGUCCUAGAGAAAGAACAAAAGCUAAUAGAAAUUAUGAAAAUGAACGGACUAAGGAUGUACAAUUAUUGGAUAAUUUCAUUUAUUAUUGACAUGAUUCUCUACAUAAUCACAGUCAUAAUCUUCAUAUUGUUUGGUAGAUUCGUACUUCAGCUAUCAUUCUUCUACGAAACAAGCUAUCUUGUUCUAUGAGUAUUCUUCCUAGGAUGGGGCAUAUGCCAGAUCUCGUUAGGAUUUUUCUUCUCUGUCUUCCUAAAUCAAGCUCAAACAGCGUCUAUUGUUGGAUAUUUAUUUUCUAUCUGGAUAACACUGAUUGCUAUCUCUCUGAAUAUUACCAUAUUUUCUCCUCCAAAGGAGAUGUCUUGGUGGCUUAUGUUGUAUCCUGCAUUCCCUUAUACAAGAUUCUUCUUUCUAAUUGCAGUUGCUUGUGGAGAUGAGAAAUGAGUCGGAAGUUUUAAUGAUCUGUCUACUGAAGCAAUCAGAUGUCUGUCUCUAAUGUAUGCAGAGGCGAUCAUUUUCAUGCUAGCUGCUCUAUACCUCCAUCAAGUUGUCCCACAGACAUAUGGAGUUCCAAAGCAUCCGCUAUUCCUAUGUAGAGCUAUGAAAUGCAAGAAGAAAGUUCAUAUAGAAGAAGAAUUUAGAAGAUCUGUUCACGAAGAAGAGAAUUCUCAAAGUGAUCACCCAGAAGAACUAGUCAAUGAAGAUGAGGACUCUAAGAAAGAGAGAGAGGAGGUUUAUAACUUAGAUAAAGACAGUUAUCACAAAUAUCCAUUGAUAAUUAAAGAUAUUAGAAAAGUGUACCCAGCAUCUAAUGGGAGACCUCCCAAAGUUGCAACAAAGAAAUUCUGUCUCAGGAUCAAAAAAGGAGAAGUCUUUGGCCUUCUUGGUCCAAAUGGGGCUGGAAAGACGACUCUUAUUUCUAUCCUGACUGGGCUUUAUAGGCCCGAUUCUGGAAAUGCAUGGGUAGCUGGGUUUAAUAUCAGGAAUGAUCUUGAGCAAAUCCAGCUCCAAAUGGGUGUUUGACCCCAAUUCGAUAUUCUCUGGUCAGAUUUGACUGUACAAGAACACUUACUAUUUUAUGCAAGACUCAAAGGAAUUCCUCCAAAAGAAGAAUCAGAGAAGGUCGAAGAAGCCAUGCAAGGAGUUCUUCUAGAAAAAUUUGCUAAGUUCAAAGUUAGCCAACUAUCAGGAGGAAUGAAGAGAAGACUAUCUGUAGCAAUUAGUCUUGUUGGCGAUCCCAAAAUUGUCUACUUAGAUGAACCAUCAACCGGACUUGAUCCAGAAAACAGAAGACAAUUAUGGGAUAUACUCAGUGAAAUUAAGACAUCUAAAGCCCUUAUGAUAACAACCCAUUCUAUGGAAGAAGCAGAUGUGCUUUGCCAGCGUAUAGGUAUUGUUACUGAAGGUGUGUUGAGGUGUAUUGGGCCUCAAAUCAAGCUCAAGACGGAGUAUAAUUUAUACAUCAACUGCCAUAACGAAGAAGACCUUAUUGCUCAAAAAGAUCAAGAACUAUCUGGGCCUCUGGACCAAAACUUGUAUAAUACUAGAGAGGAGAGUAAGACUGGAGGCUUCAUUCAGCCUUCUUCUAAUCUUAUGAAAACUCAUGAUACGGUUACCAAAUUUUCCGACCUCACCUUUUCCACUGUUAAAACGUUUAUCUUCAAAUUAUUACCAAAUGUCUCCCUUCUGCAAGAGUUCAAUGGGAACUUCAUCUUCCAGAUUCCUAUAGAAGGGUUUGAUGCAAUCAAGCUCUUUUCUGAGAUGGAGAAGAAUAAGAGAUCUCUUCAAAUUUCAGAUUGGGGCAUAUCCCAAUGUUCAUUAGAAGAUGUCUUCACUAGAAUCUGCGAUCCUAAAGAAGAGCAGAAAUCAUAAAUAUUUAUAUACAAUCUUAUAUA